GUACGCAGUGACACUUUUAUCUUGACAUCAGGUGCUUCAAAGUUCAAAUUUCCUUAACUUACGCUUUUGCAGUGAAGUCAUCGAUGAAAUAGAGCGUCACGAGUUUGGGGCUUAGGAGCAUUUUACUUCCUCUAAAAUUACUAAUAAGUAGUGGCUAGUUCAAUGGAUUAUAUCGUGCUCCAAUGGCACAACGAAAUAGUGAAGGUUCAACAGUCAGCUUUUUCUAUCAACAAGAAAGUAACAGAAUGGAAGUGGAAGGAACUACGAUCACCUUUGACACAGAGACUUUAAGCGCUGUAGAAUCUGGGAAAUCAAGCUUCGAGUUACUUGGAUCAGGAUUCUUUGCAGAUGUUUACAAAUACGUCUGUCCCCAUUCAAAUAAAACGGUCGCUUUAAAGCACUUAAAGAAAGCCAAGCUGAAGGAUUGUAAGCCGAUAGCCACCAAAUUUCAAAGAGAGAUGGUCGUACAUAGAGAUUUGGAACACAAGCACAUUGUCAAAUUCUUUGGAAGCAUCAGGGCUGACAACGUAGGGAAGCACGGUUCCAUGUUUCUCGUUAUCCAGUACACAGAGAUGAGGUCCCUGAACUACCAAAUGACCAAAACGAACUUGAAAAGGAGCAAGAUACUGAUAUACAUAGAACAGAUACUCCAAGGACUUCGUUAUCUUCACACGUACAAGAGCAACCAGGGCCAGCUGCAGCCUAUAGUUCACAGAGAUCUCAGAUGUGACAAUGUACUCAUGGCUGCAGAUGGUACUUUGAAGAUUGCUGACUUCGGAUUGUGCAAAAGACUGCACGAAAUGGCUGAAGCCUCAGGAAUCGGCUCUCAAAUGGGGAAUCCAUACUGGACUGGUCCAGAAUUGAUGGACAAACAAAGAAGAAUAGGUCUAAAAGCAAGCAUACUAGUUUUGACCGACAUUUGGAGUCUUGGAGUUCUUACUUUAGAGUUGUACUAUUAUGGAGCAAGUAAAAUACCGUUCAUAGCCGGAUUAACACAAUAUGAAUACACAACCGAAAUUGCAAAUGGGUAUGGACCCAAGAUUCCGGAUAAAGCACCGCAGGAGAUCAAGGUACUUCUGAAAAAUUGCUUCAAGUAUGAAAUAACAGAGAGGGCAACAGCAGCGAGCCUACUAUCGAAACUGAAAACAUUCGAUUCAGGUCGAGUAGCAGAUUUAGAAAUACCUUACCCAUCGUCACCCCAAAAUGAUCACUCAGAAGAUCCUACAAACUCCACUUACAGCAGUAGCACUAUCUUUGAUGGGGUGCCACGUUCAAAUUCUGACUUGUUCAAAACGAUAAACCGCACAGAAUGUCUUACUAAGUUGUGCGAACCGAAAAGUGAAAACUAUCGGCUUAGGCGGUACACAUCUAAAGGGACAGAAGAGUUAAUCCUUGAAGAUGGUCAAAAUGGAACGUAUGUCAUCAAGAAGAGGGAAAAUGACGAAGAAGUUUUCAAAGUGCGUUUUCAGAAAAACGAUACAGUACUUUCCUUACAGCAAAAUGACGAGGAAUUACUUAUCAUAGAGUCUUCCGACAAGAAUAGCAAAUACCUCAAAACUUCGCCGGGGGGUGUAUUUGCUCAAGUGAACGAACCCAAGGGACUUAAGAAGUUAAAACGAAUGUUCAAAUUAUCGAAUAAAAGAUUGGUAGUUAAAUCUGUCGCAGCACAUGGUAGGGAGUUGAUGGAAUGUAUGAGUCCGAAACUGAGUCGCAAGGAAUUACCAACGGACACAGAUUCCCUGGCGAGUUCUAACACCUCUGACGGGGCUUUUUAUAGCGUCCGAUCACAUGCAGAAAGUGUGGUGGGGUCCAUGACAGCAUUUACGACUGACGGUAAGCGUUUGGAUAUUAAGAAAAGCAAAAACUCGGAGAACUUUAUGUAUCUCAUGCAAUAUAGAGGAAAGAUGGAACCUGUCUUGGCGGAAUUUAACAUGUUUUUGAAAGACUGUAAAUGUGAUAUAUCAGUGACUCCAGAUUCCAAUACCGCUUUAGUGGCCAUUAUGGUCGCCUAUUUCUACAGACAUAAACUUUUAACGACCAAGAAAACCAAAUGGAAAACCAAAAGUUCAUCAAAGUACCGAUUAUCUAAUGACUUUUCGUAAGGUAAACCUUGACAGUUGACAUGUUAUGUAUCAAAGUUGAGUUCAAAUUAUAAAUGUUGACAUAUGUUAGAAAAUCCUUAUCCUUAUAAUUCCUUUUUAUUAUUGAGAUUUAC